AUGGCAGAAGUGCAGGGCCUGCUCGGCACAGCGGAGUUGGUCCUCGGCAGGCACGGCGCGGUCGCCACCGAGGAGCCUGUGGAUAACAAUAGCAGGGUGUCCUCGGGCUUCAGGCUUGAUCAGGCCUCGUUUGGAAUGUACAGUCCGCGCCAGACAGGUGGCCGUAUGUUACCAGGUGAGUUUGUCCUCGUUACGCGAGACUUUGAGUGGGGCUUUGCAACUCACAUCAACCUCAUUGUCGUCGUGCUCUGCGAUGAGUUACUAGAGGUGGGCAAAGAUGGCGUCGAAGAGAAGCAGUGUAGAUCUGUUCCGGAGCAGACUUUGCGCCCAUCUGCCCCUGUCACGCUCAAGGUGUUUGGGCAUGUUUCACUUGUUCGCCUAUUCCUGGGCACGAGCAUUGGUGCAGCGAAUUUGCAGCGCACCGGCACGCUUGGGCUCUCUGCUCUCGUGUGGUGGCCCGAUGGGACAGAAUUGCAUCAUCAGGCGGGCAUGCCAUCACGUCUUGACCGACAGUGCCGUGUUGGCGCGGCUGCUGCCGAGGCCCGUGUCGAUGCUUAA